GCUUCUUCUAUUCCGUCCACAACCAUUUGAACCAUUUGACUUGCAGACCGACACGAGACCCCGCUAAUUUAGGCGUUUGCGUUACUUCCCUUUCUGUACAGAUACAUAUACGGACAUGUAAUUAAAUAUGGGCCGGAAAAGUGCCACUCUUUCUUGUACACCAAGGCGUUCUACUCGACCAGUUAGGUCAACUGAUGAAGUCCAAAUACCUCCUGAAAAUAAGAAAUCGGUUAAUCCAGCUAAAAAGUCAAGUCGGUCGACCACAAUCAAGAAAAGUGCUUCCAGUAACAAAGAUGAACAUCUAUCCGCUUUGAAUAAGCAUACAAAAAGACGUAGUAAACGAAUUAGUUCAAGAGUAGAAACACAGAAAUCAAGUCUUAAAGGAACAUUGGGUUUGGAGAAAAAAAAUGAAUUGUUCGGAGACGAUAAAGAGUUAUUGACAGAUCGCCACUUUCAAGAUGAGUGUAAUGACAGCGAUUCAAGUGAUUUCGUAUCCCAGUGCUCAAGUGUUGAAAGACCUAAAAGCAAGAGAAAAGGCAAUUUGCGUUUGUUUUCAGAAUUCAAACCUAAGAAUGUGGCUAAAAAACUGAGUAAACCAUUGAGAAACGUUAAUGUAGUUGAAAAAUUUCAAAGUAUUGUAAAUAAUGAUUCAGACGACGAAACAGAAUGGGUUGAAGUGGAUGAUGAGCCAACUAAUGAAUUAGAUUUCAUGCAUAACCUUUUGAAUUUCAGUUCAAAUACUGUACCUUGCGAAGAUGGAGAAAAAAAACCUACAUCACUAACUGUGGCUAUCCCUUUUGAUAAUUUCACUAAAAAACAUUCUAAACAAGAUCCAAAACUUCUCGAGUUACUUGCACUAAAACGCAAACUAAAAGAACAUUACACAUUGAUACAUUCAGUUCAUGUGUUAUGUUUUCUUGCUCAUAGUCGUGUGAUAAAUCGAACUUGUGACAGUUCCUUAUGUUGGGCUUUAGGUAUUUCACUUUUGGCUAAUACAAAUGCAGUGUACAAUCAAAAAACAAAACAGUUUAUCAGAUUAUCAUUGUGGUCAAUUGAACAUGUAGAAGCGUGUCUUGUUUCAUUGUUGUCUUAUCAAGGAAUGCAAUUAUGUACUGAAAAUAAUUCAUGCGGUGAUUAUGAAUACCAGCUUGUUCGUCGUCUUUCAGAGUCGAAAUCAACUGAAAGUGAUUGUCUCAUACUACUUGUUGCAGCUCUUCGUUCUCUUGGAUUCGAUGUACGAAUAAUCAUUGGUCUUCAUCCAAUACCUUUAUUGCCUAGUGAAACAGCGACCAAAAUGCUUACGUCUAAAAGUAAAGAAAUUAAAAGUUCCAAUAAGAGAAAACAUAAUCGAAAAAUCAUUUCUUCAGAUGAAGAAGACAUAUUUGAUACCAAUUUCGAUCAUCAUUAUUAUAAUGAGAAUUCAAAAUCCAGCAUUACUCUGUUUGCUGAAGUAUUUCUACCGAAAUUGAAUCGUUGGGUAUGUAUUGAUCCAUCAUCGCCUACAGGUGUUGUGGAUAAAGUGAAUUUCAAACACGGAUCUUUAUAUGUUGUCGGUGCUUGUUCUGUACGAUCAUCGAGUCCUGAGUUAGUAUCUUAUGUUGGUAGAAAUCCAGUUGACCUGUCUCCUCGUUAUGUUCAGGAUUGGUGUGUUUCUGCUCGUACUCAUCGCAUUCCUGCUGAGAAGUGGAGUAGUUUUCUUGAUAUACAAAGUAGAUUUUUUGAUAAAGAUGCCGUUGAAUAUGAUGCUUUAGUUUCUAAGUUAAAUACAGUCCCAACUUUUCAACGAGAUAAAAAAGAUAAGGAUUCUAUUCAAGAAAAGCUUUUAUCUGAACCUCUACCUAAACGUAUGCAAGACUUUAAGAAUCAUCCACUGUAUGUUCUCCAACGCCAUUUACUUAAAUUUCAAGUUAUUCAUCCACCUGAUUCGAUCCCCUUGGGAUAUUUUCGUAAUGAACCGGUUUAUUCUCGUGAUUGUCUUCAUCUUUGUCAUACCAGAGAAUCAUGGUUAAAAGAGGCUAUGACCGUUCGUCUUCAUGAAAAACCCGCGAAAGUUGUUAAAGCUCGUUUAUCUAUGAAACGUAAGUUGUUACAAGGUUCCGAUUCUGCACCUGCAACUGUUGAAAUAUUCGGUCCAUGGCAAGUGGAACCGUAUGUACCACCGAAAGCUGAAAGUGGUAUUGUCCCACGUAAUGCGCAUGGAAAUGUUGAUUUGUUUAAACCGUGCAUGCUUCCCAUAGGCUGUGCACACUUAUGUCUUUCUGGUAUUCAGUAUAUUGCUAAAAAACUUGGAAUUGAUUGUGCAGAGGCUGUUGUUGGUUGGACAUUUCAUGGUAGUGGUUGGGCUCAUCCAAAUAUAAAAGGUUAUGUUGUCUGUAAAGAGUCUGUACCAGUUCUUAUUGAUGCAUGGCGUACGGAACAAAUGAAUGCAGCAAAAUUAGAGCAUGAAGAACGAAUAGAGCGUGCGCUAAAAAACUGGAAACGAUUAGUUCGUGGACUCUUUAUAUGGCAUCGAGUUAAAGCACAAUUCGCUUUAGCUCCAUUGCAUAAUAAACAAGCUACUAUUGAAAAAUACGAAAAAAACAAAACAGUAAAACAUAAAGAAAUGACUGGCAAAAAAGUUAUUCCAUUGCAUCUUAAAGAAGAGGAAGAGAAAAUUCUUGAAUCAUCAAUUUCUUUAGAUAUCCCGGUCAAAAAUGUUGAAACUGACAAAGGAUGGAUACGUUUAGGUACAGAUGAUAAAGCUCAUUUAUUACCCAAAUUGUUGUCAAUCGCCAAAUCAUGCCCUCCCAAACGUUGUAAUCCUCCUAGAAAAAAGCGUAAUGUAAUUAAAUAUGAAGAAUCUUCAAGUGAAGCAUCGGGUACGGAGAUACCAAGCUCAAAAGAUGAUUCAGCAGAUGAAUUUGUAGAAAAAUUUGAUUCUAGUGAAUAGGAUCUGAAUUAUUCAUUGAGUGAUCAAUAAUUUCAAAAUAGAAAUUCAAUUCGUUUUAAUUAACUUUAAAAAGAAACACUUAAAUAUUUUAACAAAAUAUAAAAUUUUUUUAUGAUUCAUCUUUAUCUUUUACACAAUAACAGUACUCUCAGUUCCAUUAUAUAUAAGUACACAUAACGCCUGGAGCUGUUGUCUGUUCCGAAUGUGAACUAUCUGGUGAGAUAAUUAUCGGUGCAAAUACUAUUAUUCAUCCAAAAGCUCGUAUAUUCUCUGAAGCUGGCCCGAUACAUAUUGGAUCAUAUAGAUAUAUGCAUUUAUAUUCAAUAGAUCUUUAUAAAUUUAUUUAUUUUUCAAGUGAGAUUUUAAACUGUACUUUCGCGCCAAAUCUUUUUAUUUUAAUCAUGUUUAUUACCUUCAUUUAUAUUCAUAUUUUUCUACAUGUAAAAUGCAUUUCCACUUAUAUUGCAUUACACAUUUGAUUAACAUGUACUUUACGUACAAAGAAAUGCAUUAAAGAAUUUUUUUAAGAAUUUCUAUUUGUAACCGUAUUCUGGACUUGAUAUUUUAUAAAGAUAGUAAUUAAUCUGUAAAUUUUGUUAGUAUUAUCACAUUAAAUAUGUACAGUAUUACUAUUAUUAUUGAUGAUUUCUUCUUAAUUACUUGUUGACUGAUGAUGAUGAUUGUGAUUUGUUUAAAUGUGUGUAUGUCUGUUAAACUGUUUAGUAUAAAUCUUAUAGAAUACAAAAUGAUACUUUGAAACUGACCUGACAGCGAGACUAUAAUUUAUGGACGACCUUUGAGCGAUGCUAAAGUGACCCUGAGAGUGUUCACCUAAUAACUAGGGUUAUAAACCAGCGUGCGUAAUUAGAAUUAUGAUUUACAGUUAUUGGUUAGAGUUGGGAAUUACAUUUAGAGUUUUCAUCACGAACUAAUAUAAGCUAUAAUGCCAAAACUCUAUUUAAUCAAAUGGAUGAGUGAAUUUCUCGCUAAAUUCCGAGAUCUGUUAUCUUAUAUCUGAUUGGUUCGUCAAUAAAUUAUAGUCUCGCCGACGUGACAAAUAACCUCAGUGUAUGUAUACUUCUUGCCGCUGAAGUCUUUGUAUAAUGAAUCAAAAAGACGUAUGUUUGUUAUAUACACUAAGUUAUUUUUUCUUUGAUAAAGAUAUUCACAUAUCUAUUGACUAAUGUUUAUCAGCUAUCUGAGUUCUAUUGCGUAAUGAUAAAAAACGGAAACUUUUUCAGGUAUCUGAGUAGUUUCCACAUCUUAACAAUGGUUACAUUUACGGAUUCGUCAAAUUACCACAUUUACUUUUACGUAUAAAAUAUAUUUUUCAACAUAUGAAAAUUAAGUCAGUGAAUCAAUUAUUAACUUAUAAAAUUGACGUGAAUGAGAUCAAUGUUGAAAAAAUCAAACAAACACAUAGAUAUAUGGUGUUAUUCAGAUCAGGAAUUGACCGGAACCGACCUUAAUUUUAAUUGAACCUAUGUUGAAUACUUCUACUAAUUCUUGGAGUUUUGAUAUAUUUUUCGAACUGAAUGCGUGUUUGCUUACGUUUUCGAAAUAACAAAACAUUUUGAUUGGAUAAAUUUGUAAACCUACUAUUUGAUGUUGAAAUCCUAACAUAAUGUUUUUCAUUUAUAUUGAAAAUCAAUGCAGGUUAUUCGAAUUUCUUCCAGUUCGAAUGCUAAGCAGGUCGUUUACUAAGUUGUGAACCGUGUUUAUCGUGAGUACAUUGAUAAAUAUGGUCGCUUCACUUGGUCAAACAAAACUUAUAGAAAUAAUUUUAAGUCUAUAAUAUGAUGUCUAAUGUUCGAGUCCUGUGUGCGAGAUCGUCGAUGCGCACUGCUGAGGAGUCCCAUACUAGGAUGGAACGGACGUCCAGUGCUUCCAGGUUUUCAGUGGUGGUCUAGCUUAGACUAGAUUGUGAAUUAAACUGUGAAAAUACUACAAUCUCCACAAGUGUUUAUAUAUCUCAAUCACAAGAUCUGUCAAACUAAAUCAUUAUGGACAUCAUUAUGGUGUACUUCUAACAAAUCACUUUGUCAUCAUCACAUCAUUUUACAUAGCAACUUACUGUGUUUACCUACAACAGUCCAAAUAUGAACUCCAUUAAAUUAAAUCAUUUAUAUACUACUUCUACCCUGAACUGAUCGGCUUUAGUUUCUUCGUUGACACUUCAAAAUCCUCAAAACUGUGAAGAAUUAGUUGUUCCAAACAUUCUCCGAUUGAUUUUGUAAAUUAUAAGUUGAUGAUGAUGUGAUAUCUUUUAUUUUGUUUUAUGUAGUGUAAUGAAACCGGCUUCAGGUUUUACAUCUUUUCGUAGUCAAGUACGCAUAACACCUGGAGCUGUUGUCUGUUCCGAAUGUGAACUGUCUGGUGAGAUAAUUAUCGGUGCAAAUACUAUUAUUCAUCCAAAAGCUCGUAUAAUCGCUGAAGCUGGUCCAAUACAUAUUGGAUCAUUUAAUUUAAUUGAAGAACAGGUGGAAAUUGUGAAUAGAAUUCCUGGUUCCAUAAUGAAAAUUGGUGAUUACAAUGUGUUCGAAGUAGGAGCACAUUGUUAUGCUUUAGAAGUUGGUGAUAAUAAUGUUUUUGAAGCGAAGUGUCAUAUUGGAUCAAAUGUUAAAAUAACCCAUGGUUGUGUAAUUGGUGCAAUGUGUUCAAUGGAUUCCGGUGAAACAUUACCAGAAUGUACUGUUGUAUACAGUGACGAAGGUCAUCGUCGUAUUGCAACUGAACGUCCAGCUGCACAAACAUUACAAUUAGAUUUUCUAACAAAAAUUCUACCAAAUUAUCAUCAUUUAAUGAAAGCUAGUCGAACUUCCACACCAAAACCAACUGAAAAACAAUAACAUAUCCUACAUUUGUUUGUUUGUUUCUUUCUUAUCUCUUGUAACUGACUUAUUUGAAACGUUAUACAAAAUAGGUGGAAUGUUUAAUAAAUAUAAUCUCCUUUUAAACUUAUUUGUUAAUUUUGAAAUGGUAUCUGUUUUCUUGCCAAUAUACACUGAACUGUGUUAUUGAUGGUGUAAAGCAAUAAAUCUGUACAAAUAAAUAUUAAUAUUGUUUAGUUGUUGUUGUGUUUUUUUGGUAUAUUUUUGGUUACUUAAUCAAUAAACAAAUAAAUAAAUAAUUCAUAUCAGAAGGAUUUUUGUGAAUAUUAUAGUAGUUUCAGUGGUUGAGAUCAUGAGUCAACUGAAGCUAGACCACCAUAGAAAACCUGGAAGUGCUGGACGGCCGUUUCGUCCUAUUAAGGUUCGAAUCUCACGAGGUGGGAUCGUGGAUGCGCACCAUUGAGGAGUCCCACAACAGGACGAAAUGGUCAUCCAGUGCUCCCAGGUUUUUCAUGAUGGUCUAGCUUCAAUUGACAUAUGAUCUGAACCAUUGAAAUAAAUAAUCCACACAUUUUGUUAUUUGUCUUUUCUUUUUACUAAUUUAAAAUUAUUUAGUGUUCAGUGAAAUGCAAUUAUUGAACUAUAGAUAUUUCAUUGUCGAAUAGAAAGAUUUAGAUUAGCAUAGUUAGUGUGGUAGUUUACAUUACCGACUAGUCUAUUGAAUGAAUGAAUAAAACUUUUUUCCUUCUUUAUUUCAAAGCCCGUGAAAAGAUAUUCCAUGCACAAAUUAGUUCUUGUAUAAUGAAGAAUUGUCAUUCUUCAUUUCCCUUAAGUAACUGGAAGCUGACUAAUUAAUGCACUUAAUAAACCAAACGACUUGAAUUCAUGGUUCUUGUCUGAUAAAAAAAACUAAUUUCGGCAAGAAGAAAAGGGUGUUGCUCUAAUUACAUCCAGCUAAUAUAUAAUGGUUAUAGAAUUUUUAGCAUUUAUGUACAGUAGUAUAUAAAUUUUUUGUUGCUCUUAUUGAUUUUGUUAUUCCGUCGAAUCUAGUACCCGUUCGUAUUUCUCCUACUAUGCUUUAAAUGCAAUUGAUGGAAUGGUAUUAGUUUAUUUGUGAGAUAUUUUUGUCAUAUUAAACAUUGUUCGUUACUUACUCUAUGGCGUUUUGUAGAGACUGUUAGGUUUCCUAGAUUGCUUCACGAACUUAUCAAAGUUAGACAUCCAUCGGAAAUCUGGGAGCGUUGGUCAACUGUUUCGUCCCACUAUGGGACUCCUCGGUAUCGCGCCUCUAUAACACCAUCGGAAGUUAAACCCAAACCUUUGAGUCUCUCGGUGAUUGACUGGUCUCUAAACCACUGAAACGAGAGACCUGAAGAUGAUGAGCUUAAUCUUCGAUGAAGUCGCAGACGUACACCACUGAGGAGCUCCAUAAUAGGACGAAACCGCUGUCCAGUGUUUCUUGGUUUUCAAUAGAUGUUUAGUUUGUGGCUACAUUCAUUAGUUUCAUUAUUAAGGUUUCGAAUGCUUUUGUCAAACCACAGGUUUUUUAAUUUUUGUAUAUCAAAAAAAUAUUUAGAUACUCAUAUAAAACGUAAUGAAUACUCGACUCAUACCAGAUGAAACUAUAUCAGCUUUACCUGGAGAAAGUGGAAGUAUUGCUGAAGCAAUUGGACCCGUUGAAGGAUUAGCACAACCAUCCUCAGGAGAAACGGUAGAUCGGCGUAAUGCAAUCGCUUUAACUGCAGCUUUCAAUUUCACUGGUACAACACCAUCAGCUAAUGGCGCAACCAUGCAAGAAUACUUUGUACAAACAGUGGUUUCAUCUCCUAUUCAACAUGAAUUAUUAUUGAAUCGAUUGAAUGGUUUAUGCCGUGAACGGACAGAUUUCUGUGAUCAAGAAACUAUAUUCGAAAUAGGAAGUGAUAAUCGAACUGAUACAAAUAACCUUAUAGGUAUGAACAGAUCAUCUGGAAAUACAUCCGCUGCCGUUGGCGUCUUAGCUGCCACUGCAUCAGGUAGUGCAACUGUCACUAUACGUGUUCGUCGAAGUCUUUUAAGUAGAGUAAAUAAACCUGGUCGAGAAUUUUCUGUUCUACGAUAUUUAGGAGCCGUAGAAACUGAUAAAAUAAUUUUACGACGUAGUUGUCUUGAAAUGCCGGUUACUGGACCAAUCGUUAGUUUUCUAUAUGAUUUGGGAUUUGACUAUGAAUCUACGUUUGUUGCUGAAGGUCAAGAAUUUAUUCGUGGACGUGUGAAAGUUUUAGUUUAUACAGUUAAUGAAAUAACCAGCUUUCAAAGUAUUGCAACUUCAAACGCUAUGGGAUUUGGUUUCGAUGGACAGGGAUUAGCACCCAAAGAUUGGCGACGUUUAUGUUCUCGUAGUUGGAUGGUAGAGAUCAGUGUAGUUGGCAGUCCUGCUGAUGAUCAUUUACAAGAAGAAAUUACAGAUUUUGUUGAACUACUUCAUCCAAUUAUUGUACCAACAAAACUUGAUAGCAAUUUGUUUACUCGUAAAUGUUGAUAAUUUUGUGUGCUUUUCUUUUAUCUACUUUUUAUCGGGUUUUGUAUAAAUCGUUCAUAUUCUUUUUUUUAAAUUGCAUUCAUGUAUGUAAAAAUACAGAGUUUAUUGAUAUGUACAAAAAACACUUUUACACAAGUUGAAUUACAUCAAAAGACUGACAAUAAUAAGUAAAUUGCAUAAGGGUGUGGGAAGCCUUUAUUCUAUGCAAGGAUGAUAGUGUAUCUGGUCAACCACAACAAAGUGCUCGUUCUGGAUUUUGCUACUGGCCACUACAAAAUAUCAGUGAUGACAGCUGAGUCAUUUACAGAAAUGAAG